AUACAGCCACAGAUCACAACAUGCAGGUUUGGGAUUAUGCAUUCAGCCUCCUCUUCCCUUUGAUUCCUUUAUGCAUUCUCAAAGGUACUUCUGGACUGGCAAUAUACCAGACCCCAUUGGUUACUGUCAUAGAAGGGGGCACUGCCAUAAUGAACUGCACUUUGUCAGAAGAAUCUCUCGGACCUGUCCGAUGGUACAAGGGGGGCAAUCAUCAGCAGCAGCUCCUGUACUCACAGUUUGAAAGUGAGAAACCAGACCCACGAGUGACUAAGACUGUAAAGGAAGGCCCUACAAGAGAGACUGAUCAUUCCAUCACAUUUACAUUUAUUCGCUUGGAAGAUGCUGGGGUGUAUUACUGUGUGAAGUUCAAAUCUGACAAGGUAACUGUGGCUGCAAAUGGAUCAGGAACACAUCUUCAUGUGAACAGUACUUCUGUACUGACAAUAUACCAGACCCCAUCAGUUACUGUCAUAGAAAGGGACACUGCCAUAAUGAACUGCACUUUGUCAGAAGAAUCUCUCGGACCUGUCCGAUGGUACAAAGGAGGCAAUCAGCAGCAGCAGCUCCUGUACUCACAGUUUGAAAUUAAUAUAUCAGAUGGCCGAGUGAGUAAGACUGUAAAGGAAGGACCAACAAGAAAUACUGAUUAUACCAUCACAUUUAAAAUUAUUCGCUUGGAAGAUGCCGGGGUGUAUUAUUGUGUGAAGUUCAAAUUUGACAAGGUAACUGUGCUUGCAAAUGGAUCAGGAACACACCUUUAUGUGAACAAGAAGUAUGGAACAAGGACAUGCCAGACCCCCCCAUGUAUUACUGUCAGUGAAGGGGGCACUGCCAUAAUGGAAUGUGUCUUGUCAGAUGAAUCUCUCGGACCUGUCCGAUGGUACAAGGGAGGCAAUCAGCAGCCACAGCUCCUGUACUCACAGUCUAAAGAUGAGAAAUCAGAUCCACGAGUGAAUAAAACUGUAAAGGAAGGCCUUAGAAGAGACACUGAUCAUUCCAUCACAUUUUCACGUAUUCGCUUGGAAGAUGCUGGGGUGUAUUACUGUGUGAAGUUUAAAUCUGACAAGGUAACUGUGGCUACAAAUGGAUCAGAAACACACCUUUAUGUGAACAGUAAGUAAAAAAAUAUUAAUGAAGGAAUUAGAAGGAAUAA